AUGCUACACAGAAACGAUGUUUCUUAUAGAGGAGUCGAAGCGCCUAGAGAGGCUAUUCAUGGUUCGCUGAGGCAGCGCGAGGGGCGGGGGACGCGGGGAGCAAGGAGGGCGCGGAGCCUUCCUCCGAACUGCAGCGGCCUUCUUGCGGAGGAGGAAGGGGACUCCGCGGAGUCCGCGCGGGCGGCGAAAAUUGUCGCCGCAGGGGGAUUGGCGCGGAGGGCGGAAGGCGGCGGAUCAGCCAGCGGAAUUAGUCCGCGCACUUGCCGGUCGCAGAGUCCGCGCGGACGGCGGAUAGGCGGAAGGGCUGGCGGCAACCAUGCGACGAUUUUCGGCGACGAAAACGACUCCUCUGUGACUGCAGGGCGGAGCUGGUGGACCGGCGAUGGCGCCCCGGCGGCGGAUGCGGCGUCCAUCACGGCAAGCGACGCGGACAGCGGAGUAUCUUCCGUGCGUCUUCGCAAUCAACACGACGGCGCGAGGUCCCCGUGGGAAGGCGGCGCGGGUCGCGCGCUGGUGGACGUGGAACGGCGGCAAUCGCGGAGUUUGGACGGCAACGGACGGCUGCGCGAUUCCGCGGCCGGCAGGAUGGCAGGCGGCGACGGCGGCUCCGGUCGGUCGGCAGCAUUUUCGAAAAGGCCGCCAGCGUCUGUGGCUAUUGUAGAACCCGAUGCGGCGCUUCAGGAGAGGGCGGCGGCGACGGGCGCGGGGAACGGCGCAACUGGGGAGGGCAGCGCAAGUGCGGGGGACGGCGCAAGUGCGGGGGACGGCGCAAGUGCGGGGGAUGGCGCAAGUGCGGCUACAAGAGAUGCUUGCGCGGACGUGCCCGGUGACGUGGCAGCAAGCGAGCAAGCGGAGCGAGGGGAAGGAGAAGGGCGGACAGAGCAGGCGGGCAACGCGGAAUGCGGCGAGGAGGGGGAAGGCGGUGGCGGAGAGCGCGCAGCGGAGCCCCGCUGGAGAGAUGUCAGACAGGGGAUAGGCGGAGGCGGAAAGGUGUUAAGCACAAGGGCGUGUGGGGGGAGCACGAUUAGCGGAGGAGAAACAAGGGAGGCGAGAGAUAGGGAGGCGAGCGAGACAUGCAGUAUGGUGGAACUCUGGAACCCGUUUUAUAACGAUGACGUGAUUAGCAUCAAAUGCAGCAGCAGCAGCAGUGAGUCGGGUGAGGGUAGUGGUGACGAUAUGGAGAGGACGGGGAAGGGGACGAAGGAGAAGAGAAGCAAGAGGGGGAAGACGGGGAAAAGGGGGAGGAGGCCAAGCAGUGGGAGCAGUGAGAAGCGGAAAGAGUGUUACGGUGGUAUGGGCGAGCGGGAGGGAGGGGAGGAAGGGGAGGAAGGGGAGGGCGAGGAGGGCGAGGAUGGGUUGGUGAAGAGCGGGAGUAGCGGUCAGUGGCAGCGGCAAUGCCGUGCUACUGCAGCGGCUGCUGCUGCUGCUAAUGGUGAUGAUGCUGAUGCUGCUGCUGCUGCUGCUGCUGCUGAGCAGCCUGAAGCCCAACCGCGUGCCACAGCACAAGACUACUUCCCAUUCGAUGGGUUCUUUCAGCCCCGGUUCGACCAGCUCUCCUCCACCGACUCCUCUUGCUCCCCUGACCUCGUGUUCUCCUUCCAUCCCCCCCACCCCACCACACACUCCCUCCCCUGCUCCCCCCUCGAUCCGUCCUCUCUCCUGGACUGCACUCCGUCCCUUUGUCCUCCUCCACCCCCCCUCACUCUCUCGUUCGAGAAAAGAGUGAGUGGUGGUGAGGGUGAGGUGAUUGCAGGGGGUCUGUCGGCUAUAGAGGAGGGUAAGGAGGGCACUGAGCACUCCCACUCCCAACCGCCUUACUCCUCCUCUCCCUCCUCCACUGCUAUCGACUCCUCCCUGUCACCCGCUGCCACCCCUCCCCGGACCAUCCUCGGCCGAUCCGCAUCGCUGGGCUCGGCCGGAGGUUCGGCGCGGCUGGGAGUAAGAGGAGGGGUGAGCACAGCUGAUGCUGUUGCUGCGGCUGCUGCUGCUGCUGCAGUUGCUGCUGCUUCUGCUGCGGCUGUGGUUUUGGGUGGUGGGGGCAGUAUGACGAAUAACCUUGGGACCUCUGCUGCUGCUAUUGGGAUGGCUGCUGUUGAUUCUGCAGGCCAUUUGAGCCCCAGCUUCUGCGACGACCGAUUGUGCUCGCGAGCCAAUCCAUCGACACUCGCGUGCGGGUCUGCGACUCUGGAAACAGCGAAACCUGCUUACAUGGACUUCCGAACUGUCACUCAGAGCGGCACCUCCGUUGGCUUGGACGACGACCCAGGGUUCGGAUCGCCAGGAUCAGGCAGCGGAGGAGGUGGUAGUGAGCAGCAGAGGAGUGGGUUUGGGGCGGCACGGCCCCUUUGGAGUGCUGGAAUCACGGGAGUCGGGCAGAUCGUGGGAAUUGGUGACAGCGGCAUCGACAUGCAGAGUUGCUUUUUCCGCGAUGACGCAGUCCCUCUGCCAGGCCCGACUCACCGCAAGGUGGUGCAGUACCGGGUGGUCAACGGGGACACAGUGGACGAGUUGGGGCACGGCACCCACGUGGCCGGCUCCGUGGCAGGGGCCUGCUCGCAGCAACAGCAAGCACAGCAACCGCAGCCGGGGCAGCAGGGGGCGAAGGGGCCAGAGAACGUGGAUCUGUACCCUGGCAUGGCGCCUGAUGCGCGCAUUGCCUUCACUGACAUGGGCGAGGGCGAUGUGGGUUACAUCAUGCCGCCUGGUGACCUGGGCAGUGGGUACUAUGGGCAGGCAAUGAAGGCGGGGGCGUUGAUCCACUCGGACUCGUGGGCGUCAGGAGUGUUUGCAUAUGACUACAUGGCGCAGUCAGUCGACCGUUUCACCUUCAACAACCCUAACUUCCUCCCAGUAGUCGCGGCAGGCAACAUGGGCGCUGUGCACCGAGACACAGAACUGCCUCACAGUGGGGGCGACCCUCUCCGUCUCACCCUUCCGAUUAUGAAUAUCUCCUUCGUAAACCAAGCCACCUACACUCCCAACCCCUGCCUUUCCCCCUCUCCCCCAGUCUCCAUCUCAUCGCCUGCUCUCGCCAAGAACUGUCUCACAGUAGGCGCAACCCUCGGCAGUGUCGGCGCCUCUCCGCCCCUCCUCGCCACGCCCUUCAACCUCUCCAUCCUCGCGCCCCCCCCCGCCCUCCUCCCCUCCGACCGCGCCUGGUACCCUCUCCUCUCACACGCCUUUGGCGCCACCUUCCAGUCGGGCCUAUGGGAGUUCAGGAACGCGCAGGCAGCAGGUGCAGCAGCAGCAGUGAUUGUGGCUAAUGACACUCUUGGCUACUUCCCCAUGGCUGCUCCCUUUGGCGCUGACCCCAGCAUCACCAUCCCAGGUGGUUCUGUGCCACAAGCAGUGGGUGCCAUCCUAGAUGCAGCUCUCAGGAGGGGCCAGCCCGUGCAAGUGUCCAUCUCACCCCUGGCAGUGUCUCUCGCCUUCCGCCCUAAUAGCAUGGCGCGCUUCUCCUCGUGGGGUCCCACGCCUGAUGGCCGCAUUAAGCCCGACAUCACUGCUCCAGGGGAGGGCAUAUGGUCAGCAAAGAGCAACCGCAACCUUCGCCAGCCAUCGUGCUCUGUCACACAGAUGUCAGGCACCUCAAUGGCCACGCCCAUCACUGCCGGCUCGGCUGCUCUGCUCAGGCAAUACUUCAUGGACGGCUUCUACCCCACUGGCCAGAGGGUUCCAGCCAAUGGCUUCGUGCCAAGUGGCAUGCUGCUCAAGGCCACGUUGAUAAACGGAGCCAUGCCUCUCACAGCUGGAAACGGUGACCGCUACCCUAUAGACGCACCACCCUCCAUGAACCAGGGCUUUGGCCGUGUGCACCUAGGCAAUGCUGUGCCUAUAGCGGGUACAGCAUCCUUCACUACAGUGGCAAUCGAGGGACCUGCCCUGAAGACCGGUAACGGUUACCGCAUCUGCUUGCUGGUUAAUCCUGAGAGGGGAGAUGGCGGAACGGGGAGCAAGGAUGUCAAGAUCACGCUCACCUGGUACGAUGCUCCAGCAGCGCUGGUGGCGAAUCAGAACGCGGCGACACCACUGCUGGUGAACAACCUGGACCUUGCAGUCACCUCCCCCACCGGUCACACCUUCUUCGGGAAUGGGGGGCUGGCGCCUGACGCCCGUAACACUGUGGAGCAGGUGCACAUCACAGCGCCACAGCAUGGAGUGUACACGGUGGACGUGAGGGCAGUGCAGGUCAACAUGCCCAUGCCAGGCACGCCACCAGGGAGCACUCCAGACAGACCCCCAGGCAACCCCCCAAGCAACCCCCCUAGUAGCAGGGAUGGCGGGCAGCGGUUUGCUGUGGCAGCCAGAGGCCCCAUCACUCAAGUCGACUGCCUGUAUGUGCAAGCGGACCCCCCGCCCCCGCCCCUAUCCAGCAGCCCCUUCCUCUCCAUUCCGCUCCUCUUCCCCGCCAGCCCCGCCACCACUGUCCUCUGCGGCCUCACUCGGGUCACCUCCAUCACCAGCAGCAGCAGCGCCACCACCACAACCACCACCACCAGCACAACCAGCAGCAGCAGUAUGGCAUCAGCAGUUGUUGCCAGCACUGACGGACUGAUGGAUUAUGCUGCAACUGAUUCGUCUGCAGCGGUGGAGGAUGGAUGGGUUGGCGGAUGGGGUGUGCAGGGUGCUGCGGCACCGAGUGAGGAAGCAGAGGGCGGAGCGUUGGGCAGUGUGGGAAGAGAAGCAGGAGUGGCAGAAGGGGCAGGCGAAUGCCCAGAGCAAGGGGCAGUUGCAGGGGGUGCAGGAGAAGCAGGAGACAGAGGAGGAACAGAGGAUGAAGGAGGAGCAGGGGUAGCAGCAUUGGGAGGCACAGGGGAAGAAGAGAGUCGCGUGGUGGUGCUGCCAUGGGGACCGUGCACCUCCCCUGUCACCUUCCCAUCCCUCGGUAGCGGCACCUAUGUCUUCUCAGCUCAGCUCCUAGACACCUCCUACACCAACACCCUCAUCAGCCCUCUUUACAGGACCACCUUUGCUGUCGAUCUCGAAGCACCCACCACCACACUCUCCUCGUCUUACACACCUGCCACCACCGCAACCGCUUCUUUCACCUUUUCCUCCCCGUCUGCUGACGUCAGCCACUUCCAAUGCCAGCUCAGCGCCUCGUCGCUCUCGCCUCCCCCCGCCGACCCCAUCACCCCACAGCCAAUCACGUUCCACCAAGCAAGCAGCAUCCCCACCCGCCUCCUCGAAUGGCUGUUCCCGCCCUCUAUAGUCACACAGAGCGAGCAGCUUCCAGCCACAAGCCCAGGAGGGCAAACCCCUCGUUUGGAUCACACCCAGGGAGGCACCACGUGGGGUAACUGGACUAACUGCACCAGCCCUGUGACUUACUCUGGCUUCUAUGACGGUCGCUAUUCCUUCUGUGUGAGAGCUGUGGAUCAGGCUGGGAAUGCGGAUCCCGCCCCCCCUAUAGUCACAUGGGCGCUCGAUACUGUCCUGCCGAAAGCUGUGAUUCUAGAAGCGCCGGCGGUGUAUUCGAACCGAGGGAGCGUUCGGUUCGCGUUCGGGCUUGAUGGGGAGGAGGUGGGCUCUGGGCAGGCAACGGCCUCACAGAUGGCUUUUGAGGCGCUAGAGACAUUGGCUGUGGUGGGUUUAAACCAGGAAGGUGCCCCAUUCGCACCAGAGUCACAACCACAAGAGUCACAACUGCUACAGUCACAAGAAUCACGAGACGACUCACAAGAGUCACGAGGGCCAGCAGAGUGGAGCUGCAGGCUGCAGGCAUGGAGUGGAGCCACGUCCCCGCCUCCCCUCUUUGACUGGCGCAGCUGCAGCAGCCCCUUCCAGGUGGGGAUGGACAGCAUUAGCAGCAACAGUAGUAGCAGCAGUAACAGCAGUGAGGGCAGCGACAGCAGUGACAACAGCGGCAGAAGCAGUGGUGACAGCACCAGUAACAGCAUUGCUAACAGCAGCAGCAAUGGGUGGUAUCUCUCCGCACCGCUGCCAGACGGCACGUACCUCUUCAGUGUGCGUGCCACGUCAGCAUGGAACCGCCACGGCCUCAACAACGCGUCAGCCAGAGCAGCGUUCACCAUCGACACCACCCGUCCACGUGUGCUCCUCCUCUCCCAUCCCCCCCGCGUCCUCACUCGCCCUCAGGCUGUCUUCUCCUUCUUCUCCCCCAAGAUGGUUACAUUCACCUGCCGACUCACCACCUCUUCUUUCCUUCCACCUGCGGACUCCAUCCCGUCCUCUUCUCCUCUCAACUCCUCUCCCUCUUUAGCCUCCUUUUCCUCCUCCACCGCCUCGUCCUCCACUUCUUCUUCCCCCACCUCUCCACCCCUCUCGUCCACCAUCCCUUUCUCGCCAUGUGUCAGCCCCGUGCGCUACAACCUGCCAGAUGGCACGUACACGUGGCAGCUGUCAGCCAUAGACUGGGCGGGGAAUGAAGCAGAACCAGUGCUGCUGGAUUUCACAGUAGACACCUCACCCCCAACAGCGCAAAUCUUAUCUCUCUUCGUCAUACCUGACUCCACUCCUCUCAACACCUCCAACUCCACUCCUCCCAACUCAUCCUUCCAGCUACCCAACUCACUCCCCUCCGCUACCUUACUCGCCACCUACAUGGGUUCAGACGGCCAGCCGGGCUCCGGAAUUUCGGGAUUCCUCUGCCACGUGGCACUGGCUGAUUCGCCAGAGCCUCCAAUGUUAUCUCCAGGAGCCUGGGCGCCGUGCACCAGUCCGCUGAAAGCACCUGGGCUUUCACCUGGGCAGUACAUAUUGAUGGUUGCGGCGAGAGACAGAGGUGGUAUUGUCAGCACCAGACCUGCUAUGAGCAGUUUCACUGUGGAGGCACCUGUGGUGGUGACAGGUCUGCAGGACGAAGGAGGAGAAGGAAGCAGCCAAGUCGAUUCUCCUGAUACCGGCACCGAUGGUGGUAGAACCGUCUCACAGACUGCUGCUGCUGCUGAUGCUCGUGGUGUGUCAUUCGUCGCACACCUUCCACCCGCAUACAGCAGCAACAGCUCUGCCACGCUCCACUUCAUCACUGUACACAGUAACGGGACGUUCUCAAACGAGGACACACAGAAUCAGCCAACAGCUCCUUCUGAAUGCGUUCUGCUCUCCACUCCCCUCCUCCUCUCCACACCCCAUCAACCGUCCACGUCUUUCCAGUCUCGUCCCACUCCCCCCUUCCUCGCAUGGCCGUGCAGCAGUCCCAUCAUCCUGCCCUCUCUCCCUGACGGUCGCCGCCAGCUCUGGGUGCGCUUGGUGGGGGAGCAACGCAGUGGGGGGACGUGGGCAGCCUUCUCCUGGACUGUUGACACCACCCCACCCGCCACAUUCAUCUCGUGGGCCAAUGACAGCAUGCCAGGUCUCGCCUCCUCAUUGAGUCCCACCGUGCAGGUGGCAGGGAGGGAGGAGGAGGGAGGGAGUGGGGUGGUGCGCCUUGAGUGUAAACUGGAGGCGAUGAUGAGAGGAGGGGGAGCAGGAGGCGGAGGAGCAGCAUUAAGAGAGGGACUAGGAGCUGGAGGGGAAGGAGGUGUAGAGGGGAGAGGGGACAGCAAUGAAGGCACUUCCACGUGGCAGCCCUGCAUUGGCUCAUACCCACCAGUGCCCGACACGCCACUAACCAACCACAGCACAGACAGCUCCACCUCUCAACUCACAGCUGACGUCACCCUCGCCUCUCUCCUUCCCUCCCCAGCGAACACCCCCGCUCAGACACCCCCUCUGAAUCCCCUUCUUGGCGCAUCUUUCCAUGCAGCUCUCCCGGAUGGUGUCUAUGCGUUCAGUGCGCGGGCUGUGGAUGCAGCAGGGAAUGCGGACCCAAACCCGCCCUCUGUGCAGCUUGUGGUCAGUGCCUGGGCGGUAUCCCUGGCUGGGCUGGAAAAGGGAGAGCAGGGAGGAGGUGAAGGCAGGAGCGACAUCAAUGCUGAUACUGAUAUCACUGCGGACACACACCCUCCGUCGCGCCUUCCCUCUGCCUCCUUUCCCACUGUCGCCAUUGCAU